GUACGGCAGGUGUGGCAGGUAGUCCAGUACGGCAGGUAGUCCAGUACGGCAGGUGGUCCAGUACGGCAGGUGGUCCAGUACGGCAGGUGGUCCAGUACGGCAGGUGUGGCAGGUGGUCCAGUACGGCAGGUGUGGCAGGUGGUGCAGUACGGCAGGUGGUAGAGUGUGUUACUGGACACCAUGAGAACACAGAGCACUGCCGCACUUCUACUGGCUGCUGUCACCAUCAUAUACUCGUUCUUGUUUAUAUCUACUGGUUUGUUAUCAGCUCUGGCCAGAUUCCACCCAACUACAGUGGCUUACAAGAUACCGAGCGCUGCCCCGCUGUGCCAGAAAGGACCAAACAACACGUCCAACGACCCACUUACCGCCGCCUCGCCAGAGAAGGGUGAUGAGAAUUACGAGGUGAAAAUGUUGAGAAAACGGCUACACAGUAGAGUGAGCAGACAGGAGGAAGAUGAGAGAAUAGAGCAGGAUAUGGACGGCCCUUCCUUCAGGCUGUGGGAAAACAUGGGCUCUGGAACGCCGUGCAACAACUACGUCACCAGGUUUGGGCGGCGUCUGCCGAGGGUGUACCUGGUGUCAUUUCCUCUCUCCGGAAACACCUGGACACGUUACCUGUUGGAGGCCGCCACAGGGGUCUUCUCCGGCUCCGUCUACAAUGAAACAACUCUUUAUAACAACGGGUUUCUGGGCGAGAAGGACUCCCCUGACAGCGGGAGGACGUUGGUGCAGAGUACUCACGCUGCCAGCAUCUACGACAAGUUUCCACACAACCUGAUGACGCGCUAUAGUCAGUUACAUCCAGACCUACCCACCAUCUUACUCCUACGUGACCCUGUCCAAGCCAUCAGCUCCUACUGGAAACAUUAUGUUUCAAACAAAACGAAGGGAAUCAUCUCAAGCGAAAAGGGUUCCAUCUCAAGUGAAGAAAAGGGGACCAUCUCAAACGAAAAGAAGGGUACCGUCAAAAGUGAAAAAAGGGGUUCCGUCUCAAGCGAAAAAAAAAGUCCCGUCUCAAGUGGAAAAAAUUAUACCACCUCAAGCAAAAAAAUGGGUACCGUCUCAAGUGAAAAAAUGGGUACCCUCUCAAGUGAAAAAAAUGGUACCAUUUCAAGCGAAAAGAAGGGAACCAUCUCAAGCGAGAAAAAGGGUGCCGUGUUAAACAAAAAAAAGGGUACCAUCUCAAGGAAAAAGAAGGCUAGUGUCUCUGACAAAAAUCACGAGGAUGCCAGAGCCCUUCUCGUCAUCAUGCUUGCCGCUGAGGAGGCCUUCACCCCUGGCUCAUCCACCACCGAGCUAGAUAUUCCUGCACAGUCACUCCUAUUCCUGGCCAGAAGCCUCGAUCCCGCACAAGCGAAAGGGUACAAUCCCGCCCCUGGUACCCACUGA